CUCGCGGGCACGGUGGCGGGCGCGGUCACGAAAUAUCAAACAUAUGACGUGUUUCCGAGUGUUCACGUACAAAACGCACGUGCGGUCUAAGUAGCGAGCAAACUAGCGACUGGCACGCGCGGCGCGCUCGCGGCAAUUUCAAACGCGUGAGACGUUUGUGUGUGUUCAUGUCAAACUGGCGGCGGCGCGCGCGAUUCACUCGCGACGUCAGGUAAGUUCAACCAGUUUGAUCUUGUCGCUAGAAACGAUAGCACGUAAUCAUGUCGUUCAAUACAGAAGAGUUUAUUAGUGCUGUUCAGGCUAGAACUCCUAUUUGGCAAAGUAAACACAGUCAUCAUAUGAACAGAAAUGUUCUCAAUAAGCUAUGGAAGGAAAUUGCUGGAUUGUUUCCUGAUAUGGAGGAAAAGGCUUUAAGGAAAAAAUGGAAGAACAUUCGGGACCAAUUUAUGAAAGAAUUUAAGAAAAUUCCAGUUUCUCGUUCUGGUGAUGCUGGAACAGAUCAAAACACGUCAAUGUGGCCAUAUUUUCAAAUGAUGCUGUUUAUAAAAGAUGACAUUACCCCAGAAAUAAAUGAAGGCAAUUUAGAUGAAACUACUGAUGAAAACUGCAAUAAUAAUGAUGAUGAUUAUGAGCGGUCCUCAACUCCCCAAUCCAUAGCUGGUGCAUCUUCAAGUACACAAUAUACGAGCACCAAACGUAAAUGUGCACAAGAUGUAAGACAGGAAUUUAUGGAAUUGGAGAAGAAAAAGUUGGAAUUAUUACAAAUUAAACUGUCACAAAGCAGCGAAAGACAAGAACAAGAUUGCGAAGAUCUGUUAUUUUUUAAAAGUUUGUUGCCGUACAUGAAAGACUUAUCUCCUAUGCAAAAACUACGUGUUAGAAACAAUAUAACACAAGUUAUUAUGGAUGAAAUGAAUAGUGGCAUGACUCAGUCCUACCAUGGAUACAAUACAUACGAUUAUAACACAACUAAUUAUGGAAAUUAAACUUUGUAUUAUUGAUAACGAUAAUGUAAAUUACUUAAAUAAAAUAAUAAAGAGGAGUUUGAAUUUGAAUGACUGCAAUAUGUACCCCGAUAAAAAUGAUAAUUUACUUACUAUGAAAAUUCUUUUUUUAAACUCACCU